GCCGAACGUUGGGAAAGGGUGGGAGAAAACAAACUGUCCAUCUACAACGGAAAACUUGCACUUGUAAAAAGAUGGAGAUAUAUAAGAUUCCAUGCUCCCAUGUGUUAGCCGUGUGUAGACAACGUAGUUUGUCUUAUGCUCCAUUUGUGGAUAAGUUUUUCUCAUCUGACCAAUACGCCGCCACUUAUCAUAGAGUCUUCAAACCGAUUCCUGAUCGUGAUUAUUGGCCUACUUACAAUGGACCCGAAAUCGUGCACGAUCCAUCCAUGCUUUGGGCUAAGGGAAGACCAAAUCCGACACGUGCGAAGAGAUCGUCUAGACACGAGGGGGGUCCGCUGGGCAUGGAGGUGACAGCGGAUCCUGGGCCGAGUGAUCGUUCUGU